AUGUGUUCCAAGUUCUCUGCAUUUAUCUCGCUUAUUCUGCUCGCAUUCGGAGUUACCCAAACAUACACAAAAUUCGAGUUUACCAACGUCAACUGCACUUCUUUGGACAAAUCAUACGUGACGUUCGAAUACUGCUAUCUGAAGUCUGUUAAUCGGACAUACAAAUAUGGAUCGCUAAAAGUAAAUCUUCAUCAAGGAGCUAUUACCGUACUUCAUCUAAAUCUAGCAAUAUACCAACGUUUAAGCGGAUAUAAGCCGUUUCUUUACAACGUCACAGUCGACUACUGUAAGUUCAUUGCCAACUCAAAGUCCUCUCCAGUGGCUAGAUUUAUUGUUAACCUCUUCGGUCCGUACUCCAACUUGAACCAUACGUGCCCCUAUGACCAUCCUAUUAUAAUCGACAAGGCUCCCAUUUCUCACUUGGACUAUCAGUUGACAAAAGUUUUACCAUUUCCCAAAGGAAAAUAUGGCUUCCACAGUAUUUGGUCAGUGAAUAGGAUACCGCGAGCCCAUGUAAACGUAUAUGGUACGCUAUCAUAG